CGGGUCCCGCUGCGGCAGCGCCCGGCCAUGGCCCGCGGCCCGCCCGUGCUGCCCGCCGAGCCCCGCGGCUGGGGCUGGCUGGGCGCGGGGCUCUGGCCGGCGCUGCUCGUGGGGCUGCUGGCUGCCAUCGUCGCCUGGUUCUGGUACGGCGACGGCGACGGGCGAGGCGAGGAGGCGGCGGCCGGCAGAGAGGGGCCCCGGCGGGCGGGCGCGGUGACCACAGAGGAUGCUGCGGCGGGCGGGGAGCCGGCGGCUGCUGCCCCGUCCGGCCCUUCGAAUCCAGGAGGGGAUGUUUCAAGGGAAGAGCUUAACCAUGUCCCGAGCGAAGCUGUGGAGCUGGAGCAGCUGAUCCCGAAGCGCCGUGUCACGGACCCCGGGGAACAUCCAGCUGAUAUGGCCGGCAGCCAGGCAGGAGAGCUGGAAGCCCAGGUGGGACAGGCAAGUGACGGAUGGUGCGUGAUGAACUUGGCCUCUGACGAUGAGUGUAAAGACAGAAGCGAGGAGCAGCCAGCUGAGAGGAGGGACUUGGACCAUGAAGAGUGGGAAGUUGUUUCUGAGCUCCUGGUGGAAGGGAAGGAUGGCAGCAUGGAAGACUCAGACAGCAAGGAAUGGGAAGCAGGAGACUGCUGCGACGGGGACUCGAAAGCAAAGCGAGUUGCAGCCGUGCCCCCCAUGUUCCAGAACAUCCACGUGGCUUUCCGUGUGCACUACAUCACCCACUCUGAGGCACAGCUCGUCGGUGUCACCGGGGACCACGAGUGCCUGGGCCAGUGGCACAGCUACGUCCCCCUCAGGCGUGACAAGGACGGCUUCUGGUCCAAAACCAUCAGUCUGCCCGUGGACACCAGAGUGGAAUGGAAAUUUAUCUUGGUGGAGAAUGGCAAGGUCAGACGCUGGGAAGAAUGCGGUAACAGGACCCUAGUGACUGAACACGAAGAUCAGAUUGUUCAUCAGUGGUGGGGGUACCAUUAACGGGAAGGUGGAAGCUGCUGAGCUAAUGGCAGGCCUACCUAGGUGAACCUCUGAGCCCCUAAACCUUAGGGGGGCUCCCCUUCUCCUCUAGGAGACCCUCUGGAGUGCAGAGCUCUGGAAAUCCCAUAUCGAGCCACGUAAGCAGCAGAUCUCUUUAGGAAAUCUUUUGGCAACCUGAAAAAUCAGCUUUGAGCGCGCGCUGAAGAGACACAAGGUAGGCUAAGAAGGCAUGAGCAGCAUUCCAAGCACCUGCCUGUCCAGGUGGAUCUGGACCCUGGACUUGAGUUAGUGCUGCUUUGAGUGGGGCUAUGGGCUGCAUCUUGGGCUUGGGAAGCGUACUGGGAGGUGUGGUUACCAGCACUGUAACAGGAACUUAAGUGUUUUAAUUUAUGUAAUGUAUUAAGGAAACAAUAAACAUUUUCAGAUUGACA